GGUUCAUUUUUACUUCUGAAUUACUCGGCACUCUGCCUUAUGGGUUUUAAAAGCAGGAACAGCUUCCCAGCGACAAACCUCACGUUUGGUAACUGGGGCAGCUCGUGCUUGUUUGGAUGUCUCAGCGAAACCCGUAUCAUUAGUUCUGAAACACAAAACGUUCACUUAAGACAACCGUCAAACUCAAAUUCUAGGGAGCUUAAGCAACAAAGACAACAACGGUUUUAUGAACAAAACAACAGCGCUGCACGUGCAUCACACUUUCUGCACAUUUCUUUGACGUACACUACACGACUGAGAUGUAAGGUGAAACGUCCUAAUGCGACGUUAUGAUGGCGGACGUUGAACUUCGACUUUCGACUUUCUUUAUGACCUUCGAUAGGUAAAGAGACGCAAUAAGGUUUGAGAGAAGUAACGAUAAUAUAAUUUUUUAGUCACUUUUUCACACCACUGCUUAAGCUCCCAGUGACGACCUUAAGGAAGUAAUUUCUAAUGAGGAGUAACGGCACGUACGCUUAUAUAUCAUAAUAUAGAAGGAGUAGAAACAAAUUUUAGCUUAGUAGCGGGAAAUGCCAAAUAAACUAUAAGGUUUUAUAGAAAACAUUGUUUGAGCAGGCAUCACAAUGGGAUGGGACCGUGGAGGUAACUAUUAUCUCCUGUUGAUAUCAACAAGUUUAGUUUAUAAAACAGGUUCAAACCAUUAUGUAGGUUUACCCACUUAUCUUUUCAUAGCGGUCAUUUCAUUUUAGUUUCAAAGAAAUCGGCACGGACUUGCUUUUUACGCAUUUUAUCAAUAACACCUACCCUCCCCACCCGUCCGCCAUCUCUGGACAUGCAAAAAGAACUUUCUUAAGGGCACGAGUUUAGCCUACGUGCGUUCACUUGGUUCCCUUUUUUAUGACACGCUGAAACAUAUAAACAGGAAGAAAAUCCUAGCUAACGCUCAUUGUGUUAGAUAGGUGAGCCACCACAGCGUGGGUAUAAAAGAAGGAGUCAUGACAGAUCGAGCUUUCAAACAUCUCAGUUGGCCAUCAAGACGCACGGGACAAUAACUUCAAAGUGACAAAAAGAAACUUGAAUAGAAGAAUAUCAUUCUCUCUGGUCUUCUUUAAACAUGGUAAGAACGGACAAUACUAACUUAGUGUUUGAGGUCCGAGUCUUUAUCUUAUUGUUCCAAUGUUUCUUUUUUCUUUGUCAUUGCUAUUUUCGCCUUGUCUAAGUCCGGCCACUACCACGAUAAGACCUAAGCUGUCUUUUAAUUAAUCAAUGUAGAUUAGUCUCACUCUUAUAUUAUUGAUUGUUGUUAGGCUUUUCGUCUUGGAGGUCUGAAUAGGAUUAUUCUUCUGUUCGUGGCGUUGGCCAUACUGAACGUAUCAGUUGUUGAAGGUAAUUUUUCUGUAUAA